AUGUUUUAUGCAGUGGAUUGUGGAAUCGUCUUCUCUCUUUGCACUGCCAUCUUAUUGUCCGUCAUCAUCAGUGAAUUGCUUUACUGGUCUCGACUUUUCCAGACUCAACCCGUCAAAAAAAAGAAGGAAAUGUUUUUAAAGGAUAUAUUCGUACAAAGUUAUGUUGUUCCAUUGUUGUGUAGAAAGAGAUCCAGUUCAGAGGAUGGAGAUGGAAGGAAGUUAAGCUAA